AUGCAGCAUGGAAAGGGUUUUAAAGGAAAAACUACUACCUUUAAAACCAAACCAGGCGGUCUGGCUGAAGGGGACAAAGCGAAACCCAAGAAAAGACGCGGCAGAGUGAAAAGCAAAGUGAAGGAGGAAAUCAAAGAAGAACUAUCCGAAGAAAACGUACUUAAAUUCUCUUGCGAACUGUGCGACGAAAAGAUUUCGUCCAGCAUCUUCUUCGCGAUGCAUUCAGCCAAGCAUUCCCUGGACAAAAAAUUCCAUUGCCACUACUGUAACCACAAAAGCUCAAAAGUGAAAGGCAUCGUCAAACAUAUGAAGUUCCAUGGUAAUAUAGGAAAGGAGUUCCAGUGUGAGAUUUGCAUGGCUACCUUUCCAGAGUGUAUCCAGGCUAUAGAACACAAGAACUUUCAUUCCGGGGAACUACCAUAUCGUUGUGAAGUGUGUGAAAAACAUUUUAUGUUUUCUUGGUUGUUGUUCACCCAUCGAAGGCUGUUCCAUCCCAACAUCAUAGAUCCUGCCAGCUUAGUUUGUGACAUAUGUAAUAUUUCCUUUGGUACUAGAUCCGGACUGAGAAAGCAUCACUUCCGGAAACACAACAAGUGCCCAAUGGUUCCUCCUUUAUGUGAAAUUUGCGGGAAAAGUCUUGCAAACAAUGAAACUCUUAAAUUCCAUAGACGCACUCACACUGGAGAGAAACCACAUACUUGUACCACUUGCGGGAAAAGCUUUAGGAAAAAGGGACUCUUGGUGGAACACGAAAGGACUCACACAGGUGAAAAACCCUUCAUUUGUCCCUUUUGCCAGAAAGGGUUCUCCCAGAGGGCACCUCUAAAGAUCCACCAACGGAUACAUACUGGAGAGAGGCCUUAUAUAAGAGUCUUACCAAGUUGUGAAGCCUUGUUGAACACUAGAGCCGAUCACACACACGAGUUGACUGCUCUCGUUCCACGUGCCUCGCGUUUUUACUGCUGCGAAAUCGUGUAUGGCGUGACUCCCGAAUUAACUGUUCGUGCCCGACUUUUGAUUGUUCGUUUCAGCCCAGAAGAAAGGUUGUACCGUCAAGAGAUGAGCGGUACCCGAGAUGACCCUUCGAAAAAGGUCGUAGAGAAAAAAGGUUGCACCUUCACGCGUGGCGAUAGGUACGAGAGAAAAGCUCACCCUUCGACGGGUGUAGGUCAAGAGAAAAAUUCUCAAUCGCAAAUUGUCCAAAUAUUGUCUAUCUGUAAGGGUGAGGAGAGAGGGUACUUCGACACGAGUAUUUUAAAUAAAUUAUUCUAUGGACCAGGGAUUACCAUUACACCAAUCAAAAAGGAACCUUCUGAGGAAUUAACAAUCACUGAUGAUGGCUUUGCUUAUGAAAACCCGAAAAUGAAUCUCCAUAAUGGUUUGAUUAAUAGUUAUAGUGACACAAAUGGUGCAAACGACUGGUUAGACCAUUCCCAAACAUUGCCGAAAACAGAACCCGAACCUGAAGAACAUUUCUCAAACGCCUCAGAAAUGAUGACCGAUAACAUUUUGAGUUGUUUACAGAAAAAGUCCAAAAAGAAAUCAAAAUCUGUAGAAAAACCAAAGCUGCCAAUUAUUGAAUUGGAUGAGCCUAUCCAUUGCGAAGUGUGUGAUGUCACGUACAAGAAUAAUGUAGCAUUUGCUCUACAUUCGGACAAGCAUAGUGAAGAUGGCAAGUUUACUUGUCAUUUAUGCGACUACAAAAACGCGUCGAAGUACCAUGUUGAAAUGCAUAUUAGAGCACACGAAGGUACUACCAAAUAUAAAUGCGAGGUGUGCGACAAGGCUUUUACAGUGAGUACUCACGCCAUUGAACACAAGUACUACCACACAGGAGAGAAACCAUUUGAGUGCGAUAUAUGCGGCAAACAUUUUAUGUUCUCGUGGUUUUUGACCUCUCACAGACGCACACAACAUUGGGAAUUGGUCACGGGUAGCCCUUUGGUCAAGUACGAUUGCACACUCUGCAACAAGCAUUACACGUCUUCAACUGGUUUGAAGCGACAUAACCUCAGCAAGCAUAACGCCUCAGGAGUCGAUGCUUCGGUACUAUGUGACAUCUGCGGAAAACGAUUGUCCAGCAAGGAGAAACUGAAGUUUCACAGAAGAACUCACACAGGCUAUAAACCUUAUUCGUGUGAUGUUUGUACAAAAAGUUUUUCCAGGAAGGAGCAGCUGAAAGAGCAUGAGAGAGUACACACUGGUUAUCUAGCAUCCGGCUCGAAGGACCAUUAUAUAAAUUGGUUCAGUUUUAAUCAAGUUGCGUUAAGUCAUUGGGUGCUCUACACUCUUCGAGAAUGGGAUUUUGAGGAUGAAGUAGCCGAAAAUAUUUAUAUAGUAGUAUCUAAUAAUCAGAAGCAUCCUGUAUCUCGCAAACAACCUCCAUUUUGUAACGUCUGUGAAAAAGAUUUCGGAUGUUCGAUAAAAUACGCUAAACACUCAUUGAAACACUCCCUGGACGGCAUCUUCCGUUGUUUCAUUUGCCACGUCAACGCCAAGAUGACCUUGGACCAGAUAGAAACCCAUAUUAGGAUCCAUCAGAACAUACCUAAGUAUACGUGUUCCUUUUGUGAUGCUAGACUCUAUUCCAAAUAUUCAGCGAUCAAACACGAAUCUUGCCAUUCAGGAAUUAGGGAUAGUAGUACAGUGUUUUGUGACCUGUGUUCGAAAGGCUUUAUGUUCCUUUGUAGUCUUCAAGCUCACCAUAAAGAAGCCCAUCCUGAGAUUAGUAUGAAAGUUUACAGGAAGGAGCCUAAGAAGACAUCAAUACCAACAUCCAUAUCUCCGAAGGACCAUUUGCCAAUUCCAAUUUACCCCAAUGAAACAAUUACUUGUUUUAUUUGUAAAGAGAGGUUCGAAGAUAAUAUCAAGUACGCCUUGCACACGGUUAGACAUUCAGAGAAAGGCUAUUUUAACUGCUACUUGUGUGCUCUCCAAUGCAAAAUGUCCCAUCAAGAGAUCAUAGACCACAUCAAGAUGCAUCUGAACAGCACCAUUCGUCAGUGUCCAGUGUGUCGAAGAGGUUUUACUCGGAAAACAGAUGCGGAAGAUCAUAUCAACUACCACAACAACAAGAAGCCAUUUGAGUGCAAAGACUGUAGUAACAAAUUUAUGUUCAAUAGAUGCCUGUUGAGCCAUCGUAGGAAUCAUCAUAAUCUUAGUAGUAAAUGGCUAAGAGGGUGUACAGCUUGUGAUGUACAAAUGUUAUGA